GUUUGUGUUGGUGUUGUGACAGCUUAGGAGGGUGUACGUAGCUGAUUUCACAAUACUUGUGAACAUAUUUGUGAAAAUUGGUGAUUAUUUCCCACUCAUGUGCACUAGAGAUGGGGCGUAACGUGCAAAAGUUGCAUUUGUGUUUGUCUCAAAUUGAGUUUAUUUAACGGACGUGUAUUGUGAAUGUGCCCUAUUGGAUCAAUAGUACACUACAAAUUUGUAAAAUUACUCAUUCUCUCUUACUCACUCAAUGGUGAUUGUGAUUAUAUGCUACAAGUUGUUAGUGUAAUGAAUUCCAAUAACCACAACCAGUCUCGGAGGAACUCUUCGUCCUUCAGUAGGCACACAAAUAACCACUCUAAUCGACCAAAUCACGGCCACCAGCGGUGGCCUAACCGAUAUCCCAAAGAUUACAGCAGGGAAUAUGAUAAUAACUUUAAUCGAGGCGAAUGCUCAGUACCCCCUAAUACUAGCCCUAAGGACUCCAACUACGUUCACGGGUACCCCAAAGUGCCCUCGCAACUGAGCCCCGUUUUGAGAAAUAGCCACAUACACUACAACAAUGAAUCCGCUGGACACCCCCACCAAGACAGACGCCACAUUCCCUUAUCAAAUGCCCCCGAAAGACGACACGCCCCAGUUCAAAACUACCACAAUGGGGGCGAUAGAAGACACAUGCCUAAUUUGGGGGACCGCCGCCACAUAUCGCCGCCCCUCCAUAUAAAUAUCUGUGACAAUUCAACAAACAUUAUGAAUAAUUCACCGCCGGAUGUUUUACAUCAAAGGAUGGAUUUUUCUAAUUCACAGAGGAGGCAUGGCCGAGAAGUUCGGGUGAGCCCGGUCCACUUCCAGCAGCACUCACCGCAGUUUUAUAGACAAGGAGGAGAAGAAAGUAUUAAAAGUGAAAGUCCGUCCCGUAAACGCCGACGCUUGUCGCGUUCUGGCCAUCACAUUGAACUGAAUGCUCAACCGGCCUCACCUCCAAGGAGGUCACCUAGGCAGCACCCACCCUCUACUUCACAUCACAACUUGCAGGGGAGUCCCCCGUUACGUCGUCCCAGAUACCGUGAUAGGAAUGACUUCAUACACGCACAUCAUCAAACGUUUUUACCCAGUCCUCCACCCGUUGCUCACGCCCAUCCCCAUCAGUCUACUGUAAUGAUGGAUAUCAAUCAGGUACCCGUAACGAUUCCAAUGAAUCACGAAGCCAUGUGGAGUUACACCUCGCCCCCACACAUAUCGCUGUGUACGGCCCCUCCAGGUGCUCCUCCACACAUGCACAGUUGUCAUAUGCACAAUGUAUACCAAGCGCCCCAUCAACUCGUACCCCAACAAUUCCCCGGUUGUCUUCCACAUCAGGGUUAUGGGGGCUUCCCUACUCCGCCUAGUGCCCUUUCCGUCUCAAACCAACACUACAACCAACAUCUCCCGCCUCAGAGACCUGAUAGUCUCGAACUGGAGCUCCUCAACGAUCAUCAUUCACACACACAUUCAGCCCUGCAUGGUGCGCCCCCAUUACAUGUGUCUCCACUUCAAGUCACACCACCUGCAUCUUUAUUCUUAUCGGCUGAGACGAGAGGCAAUCAAUUGGAGUUGCUACAUGCGAGGUCGAGACAGCACAGAAAUCCGCGUUUGCAACCACCGAGGACGCGUUGGCAUCAUAAUGCACCCAUUAUUUCGGCGCCCGCUCAGUAUUCAGGCUUCCUACUUCAUUUCCUUGCAAUGUUUUCGAACCCGCCAAUGUCUCCAUUCAGCCAAACCGAUCUCAGUAGUUCCGACACAACAGAAACGGAGAAUUACGAAGCUCUUCUAAAUUUGGCUGAACAAUUAGGCGAAGCGAAACCUCGAGGUUUAGGAAAAUUAGAAAUUGAGUCGCUUCUCAGUUACAAAUUUAAUGCCGAUACUCAUCAAGGGGAUCAGACUUCAUGUGUGGUGUGCAUGUGCGAUUUUGAAGCCAGACAAGUGCUCAGAGUCUUGCCUUGCUCACACGAAUUCCAUGCCAAAUGUAUCGAUAAGUGGCUCAGAUCAAACAGGACCUGUCCUAUAUGCCGUGGGAACGCUUCGGACUAUUUCAACACCAGUGAUUAGAAUUUCGAAAAAAGUCCCAACGGAAACAAUAGCCUCCCUUUUAAAUUUUUUUUCAGAAUUGAAAGUUUUGUUGUCAGGUGCCAUUAGUUUGCCAGUAAUAGAUUUAUAAUAUCACUAAUGAACAAAAAUAUAUAUGUGUUAACACUUCCUAUUUUACUUAUCUCGUAGAUAUCGUAAGCUUGAAAUUGUUAGCAAUUAUUGUCAGUAAGAUUUAGGUGAGCCACAUUUUGUUUUAUUAUUAGUGUCUGUAUUCAUGUGUCAAUGUCGUACACCUAAUUCUUCAUUGUAACUACCUCUAAUACAACAGAGUCGUCAAAUUUGCGCAAUCAACUCUGUAUAUACAUACCUUUUGAUUUUUAUUUGUUUGUUUGUGUGAGUGUACGUACCAUGUACUACAUCUUCCAUGAUAAUGUUGUUCGUUGUGUAAUUUUUUGUUACUAACGGUUACAUAAGGCUUAUCGUUAAAUUAAUUUUAAAUGAGUGUGCCUUUUUAUGCACCGAGGUGUUAAAUUGGCUCUAGGUUUAGUUGUAUUAUUUUGCUUAUCUAAAAAAAUUAAAAAAAAAUGUUACAAUUCUCCGAUGUCUUGCACACACAUGCUUUAACUACACUAUACGUAAAAUUUCAUUUGUACUUAUUACUUUCUCUCGAUAAUAUUGCAGUACAAUUCAACGCUUUUAAUGUCAUUUUCACCAUUGUUAGACUAAAGUAAAUUUUAUCGGGUGGUAAUUAUUGUACAGAAAAUAAUUUAAUGUAAUAGGUGUGCCUUUAUAUUGUACAAUUCAACAUCUGCCAUUCCGUUUGAUUUGCAAAUAUUUUUAAAAUAUGAUACAAAAAAAUAAAAGAAAAAUUAUUCAAAUGGUAUGCAGGACUGCCUCAAAAGUCAAACGGAUUAGAUAAUACGUCUUAGAGCUGAAGAAUUGUUCUGUUUUAUUAAUUUUUAAGUGUAGCUUUAUUAUUUUAAGUUUUCGUCUUCAUUAAACUAGAAUUUUAGUUUCGUUCUUCGUUGUUAAAAAAUCCUUUGUGGCAGUUAGUAUAUUUACAACAACAUUUUGAAAAUGCCUUUAGUUGUUAAGCACCCUCACUUGAUGGCGUACUGUUGGAGUUUUUAACACAUUCCCUAAAUAGCUGAAUAUACGUUGUCAGUAACUAUACUAGUGACCCACGUAUAAUUAUUGACAACGUAUGUGUCCAUGAUUGAUUUAAUUUGCGUUCGUUGAAAUGGCUAAAAUUGUUUCGUAUUGUUUAAUUUGCUCAAUUUAAUAUGUUAAGGGAUGGAAUAGUUUGUCUCGUAGCCAUUUUAUAGAUUGAAGAAAAAGAAAUGAUUUUUGUUGUUUGGAUGUGUAAUGUUUUUGUUGCAAUUGCGUGAAAUACUCAGUAGAGGGUGCCGUUGUUGUUCAGUAUACACAUAUCUCAGACACAAGUGCAAUAUGAAAAUCAUUUUAGCAUUUUUUCAAACAUGAACUAGCAAUAUUAAUAGUCUAAGGCAUUCACAUUUAGCAAUUACUGCAUAAUCAAACUAUAGAAUUGUAUUUUUGUGAACGUGAAUACCUAAGUGAUACUUUUGCUUUUAGUGGAUUUUAAUAUUUAUGUAUUCAUAGGAGCUUAUAGUGGCUACUAUACUAGUUCUUAUUUCAAUAAAAUAUUCAAAAGA